AUGCAUAUUGAACAUAAAUCAAAUAAGAUUAUCAACGAUUUCAUAAAAUAAUUUCCUGAAGAAAGAAGGAAUAGCGUAAUGAAUUUUCUCUUAAUUCUUGGAUUUGAUAUUGCUAGAAAACUAGGAUAAAAUAAUUAAGCAGAAUUAUAUUAAACGAUGAAAUAGUUAUCAAGUAUAAAUUUGAUUCAAAAAUAUUUGUAGAAUUUAUCAUAAAUGAUUGCACUUAAAACGGCCAAACUGAAUUAAGAGAAGAGAUAAGAAAAAUUUAGCAAUAAUUAGUUCAACUUAAUUCAUUGUUCAGUAAUAGCGAGAACGAGUAAAUCUAAUCCAAAAGCUAGGAUAUCCAUAGAAAUCAAUCCUAAACUAAGCCAUUAUAUAGCCAUAACAGAUUUUAUACUUAAAACGAUAUGGAAGAUUAAUUAAAUGCAAGAAUGAGAGAAGAACAAUAACAUAGUACAAAUUCAAAAAAUUAAUUCAAACCUGCAAAAAGAAAUAAUAACAAUAAAUCACCAUUUUAACAAAAUAAUAAUAAUUUAACUGCAAAAAUUACUGAAUCUCCACCUCCUCCUAUGGUUUAUUAAAAAACUACAAGCAACAAGUUUAACAUCAAACCUCAUUUAGAUGAUCAUUAGAUGUAAUAAUUGAUUUAUUUUUUUAAGUAAGUAGUUAUUAUAUUCUGAAAAUGAAAGACUUUACUAAGAUGAUUUCGAUUCCAUUUCUAAUAGAGGUCAUUAAUACAAUCAAUCUCCAAAAUCUAUUAAAUAUACAUUAAAUAUUUAAAACUUUGGUAUAAUUUAGAGUAAUUAUAGAAAAUUAAGGAUAAAGAUUUUAAACCCAUGAAACAAAUAAAAAAAGUAAACCUUAAUAAACUUCCAAUAGUAGUAGAUAAAAAAAAAAAGUUCCAGCAUAUUUAUCAAAUAUUGAAUCUAAAAUAAAGCCUAAAUUAGAUUAAGAUAAACAGGCGUUCAGAAAUUAAAAAAGUAUUUAUUUUCAAUAGUUUAAGAUUUUGAUGAUGAGGAAAAUUAAUAUUAUAAUUACUAAAUGUUUUAAUCUUAGUAAAUGACUGCAAAUUUUUAAAAUAAUAAUAAUAACUUUAUCCGCCCAAGUUAAGAAACAGAUACUUAUUAUGAGAUUUAAUAAUACUUAAUUAAUUAACAACACUAAAAUUUUCAUCUUUCACCAGUUUAAGAAAUGAAAACUGAUAAUGAAAUUAUUUCAAGCAAAAAAAAAACUUAAAAUUGUAAAGAUAAAACAAAAAGUUCACUUAAAAGCUCAUAAGAUACAAGUAGUCAAAGAUAACAUCAGCAAUAAAAUUUUUUCGAAAAACAUGAAAACUUACCUUAUUAAAAUUCUAUAACUCCUAUUCAAGUAUCUGAUUUUUAAAUGAGUAAACAAUAAUCAGAUUUAAGUUUUGAUGCUUUUAGAAAAAAAGCCUAAUUCACUUCUCCAUAUGUAUAAAGUUGAAUUAAUAUUAGGCGAUAUCUUUAUAAUAAAGCUCUUAACAAAUACAAACAGCUUAAAAACCUUAAAGAAAUGAUGAAGAAAGUAGUGAAAGUUUUUCCAAUUUUACACCUCCAAACAAAGAAAUUAGAGAUUUUUUAUCAAAAUAAUGCAUUUAUUAAGACUAAGAUUGA